UUAUGAUUCUAGAUAUAAUCUUUAUUACAGACCAUCUUGUCAAUUCAAUGCAGAAAAAGAAUCUGGCGAAGUUAAAGUAACCAGGUCUUUUCAAAAGUUGACCUUCACGGACAGGUCGGAUGAGUGGACUGCCAAGAUAGGUCAUUCGAAAUCUAGUUUUCCAUCCUCUUUUGUACCUAUUGAAGGAAUAAGUGCACACAACUUGCAACCCGAUCAAAUGUCUGAAUCAGAAGACUCAGACACAAGUGGUCUGCCUCUACAAGCAUUCCCAGUUUCAGACUUUGAUGAAAAUGACCCGCCUACCAGUGAAAAAGCUCUUUCAUCAGCUGAAGAAUAUUUAAAAUUUGUGCGACACCAGGCUGCUUCAUUUCCAAAUGUCAUGUACUGCCGACAACUGUCUGUAAAUAGUGUAGGCAACAACAGAAGUGAAUCUGGAGUUUUUCCUACUGACUUAAGUGAUCAUAAAACACAGAAGACUAACAAGUUUAAUUCCACAAGAAUUCUACUAGAAAACCAAAUAAUCUAUUUCCACAAAGCUGUUAAUGAGUACCAGUGCCUGAAAUCAUUAGUGUUGCAAAACAUCCACGAAUCAGCUAAGACUUCUGCUCGAAUAAGCAAAGAAACAGUACUUAAGCAAUCUCCCUCUUUAAUCUGGAUCGCUCAAAGAAGCAGAUCAGAAAUCAUAGGAUUGUUUGAUAUUGUAUCAUCAAUAUCUACUAAAAAGCAUUGGAAUUCAAAAAUGAAUGUAUGGAUUUUCUCUCUUCUUGUUGCCUUGGAGCCACCAUUACAUCCAGAUCUCUAUCAUGCUCUUCGAACUAUUGUGAAAAAAUGUCGUAAAUUAAGACAGAAUUUCGAAAAUUCACUAUCGUCUACUUUUAUAAACGACAGUGCAGAAAAACUAAAUAUUUCCGAAGAUAUCAAAUUUUUUAAUCUAUAUAUCAAUCUUGUAUGCCAUGUAUUUGGGCAAUCCGAUUUAGUUGAUGAGAUAAUUGAUUGAAUGAUUUUAUUUUGUCAAUUGUAUAUUCUGUGAAAUCUUUUUUUUGCAUAAAGUGCACAAAUAUAUUGUCUCCAAAAAGUCAA